AGGAAUCUAGAGGUGUGGCAGAGGAACUGAUAGAGAACUUUCAAAGCUCCUUAUCUUCCACCAUCACUCAACACAACUAGCCUCUACAUUGCAGUCUCAAACUGAAAGUCUCACAAAUUUUGUAAAAAGCUCAAGUUUUAUCUUCCCAUCUGAAACAAAGAGUGCUUCCCUCUUUUCAUUUUUUUCUUUCUUUCUGUCUCUCUCUGCCGGUAACAUGAGACCAGAAGGAAACCCUUUAGAUCUUAACAAUUUGCCUGAUGAGUAUUCUAGAGAUGGCAAACAAGUCCUAGAAGAUAGCUCCUCACCCGGUUGCAGCAGCAGGAAAAAGAAAAGCGGCGGGAAGGAAGGAAAAGAUAAAGAGGAGUGUGGGAAGGUCUAUGAGUGUAGGUUUUGUUCCCUCAAGUUCUGCAAGUCUCAGGCUCUCGGGGGACACAUGAACCGUCACCGCCAAGAGAGGGAAACAGAGACACUGAACCAUGCUCGUCAACUGGUCUUCAGAAACGAUCAUAACCUUGCCCCACAAGUUGCCCCUCACCUAGGAUGCUGCCAACCAAUAGCACCAGUUGGGGGAUAUCAUCCACCUACUGCAGGUAAUAACAUGGGAGGAGACCCAGCAAUGCCUCUCAGAUUCCCAAGAUACUUCUCUGCUUCAUCCUCAACAACCCACAUACCACCACCACCACCACCAUCUCAACCAUAUCUAUAUGCUUCACCUUCAAGACCACCGGUGACUUUUCCAUCACACAAUUUCCCUCAGCAUCCAGUGAACCAUGAUUACCAUUUGAGUCAUGUGAUGAGUAGCACCAACCACCAGCCAUAUGCAGGUCACCAUAACAACAUGAACUAUGCAGGAGGUGAGUCCAGUUACACUUGCAUAGGUGCACCGGUGGGACAAGGGUUCCCGGGAAAUGGUGUUAAGGACAUGUCACUGCAGAAUCAGGAAGAAGGGUUGAAUUGGGGAAGGAGCUAUUCAGGAGCAUCAUCACAGCAUCUGCAGCAUCGUUUGGACCCUCCAACUUCAGCGAUCAAUCGGUUUCAAGAUGGUUUUUAAUGAGUGAUUGUUUAUAAUUUUGUGUACUAAGAAAGAAGAGAGAACAAGGUGGUGACAGAUAGGGGUCAUGACUCAUGAGAGAGAGGGAGAGAAAAUGAGAGGUGGUUUUGGUUUAUCUAUAUAGAACAGUAGCUGAGGACAGCUUUUGAGCUCAUGGACAGGCUCAGCUAGUUUGGCUUGGAGUUGUAAUGGUGGGAUUUGAAGAUGGGCUUUUGUAUUGGCCAAGCUGGGACAACAAGUUAAAUAUCAACUGAAACUUUCCAAGAGUUGGUUAGGAUGUUUUAAGAGUUGGUUAGGAUGUUUUACUGUUUUAUGAUUAAAAUAUAAAUAUAAUUCAUGGA